AUGGGUUACGGCUUUGAGUGCCUCUCAGCACUGGAGUCACAAUUGGUCACAGGCCAAUGCUUCUGCUUUGUCAACAACACUGACGUCAUUGAGGCUGGCAAUACAGUCCAUCACUCGGGUGAAGCUAUAUGUGCAUCGGUGCAGGACGCCGCUACCCUGUGUGCUUGGGAGAAUCCGAGCUACUGGAGGCGCGAUCAACCCCAAGAAGUCCUUUUGAUGGUUCGGCCCAACCUUCUUCACAAAUAUAACCUCCUUCCCCUCAUCAAGUUUGCCAUCAUGAAGAAAUUGGAGUACCCCAUGGCACUAACCACCUUGGAUGCCCAGCAAUGGACAGAAAUUUUGUCUACGGUACUUCAGGUGUGCCUGCCAAAGGCCGGCGUCUGCCGCAAUUUCCGUUGGGCUGUUGUGUUUGCUCCGCUGUCCUAUCAGGGUCUUGGACUCCCACAUCCGUUUGGGUGUCAAGUGUUUAAGCAUCUCAAGAUCUCGCUCCGACACAUGGCCAACAGGACCAAAACUGGGGACUACAUGGAGGCCAACUUCCAAGCCCAUCAACUAGAAACGGGGACAUCCUUUGGAAUCUUGCAACAAGUCUACAACAAAACGGCCAUCUUGGCUUUCGACAUGUGGAUGAAAUCGAGUGUGUCAUGGACUUGA